AUGACCAGCAUUUCCGGAUGUCGGCUUCGCACCACCACGAUGGUGGUUUACAGGGCCAGCUUCGAGGUGAAUCAUGUUUUCAGCGCUUCCCAGGCCAACGAAAUGGCAAAGACUGCCUUCUCCAGACAGCCGAAUGGACCGUUUGAUAUUGAAAUCUGGAACAGCUACACGAACCUGAGUUCCAGGGCCGAAUCUAAUGUACUGCCACCAUGGACACAGAUCCGCAACGACCAAAUCAAAGAGCUCUAUCUGAUGAGUAUUCAUCCAACUUCUGUUGUCCUCUGCAUCGCGCACAACUCCGAGUAUGCCUACGAGUAUAUGUCUUUUUCAUCACAGGAAAAACGCGACGACGUAGUCGAACUGCUAGCUGCUCUCAACCACUACGAAAGCCAGGAUUUGCUGGUGCAGGACGCAAAGCUUCAGAAAUCCGAUUCUGUUUACAAGAAGUACCGCGCCGGGCCACUCGAAGCUGGUACCUCUUUCUACGGAGACCCAAGUAUCUACCGCGAGAUGGCUGGUGAGGUCGAGCCAUUUCUCUUCUUCAUGGUCAGUCUUUUAUCGCACCCAAAACUCGGACCCUCUUCUAACUUGGACCACAUAGAAUUGACUGAAGUUAUUCGCUCCUUGGAGAGAAAGCAGGACCAGUUAUGCAAUUAUGAAAUGCGACUCUUUCCCAACCACUUUACAUUGGACCCCUUGGAACAUGCACCCCUCCUGGGCAGCCGAAUCAUCAAGUUCCCCAACAUAGUCACGGCCAUUGUAUUCGUCGAGACACUAGAGUCUCCUGUGAUGCUAUUACGCAUCUUUAACAAGGGCGUAUAUCACAUGGCCAUACAGUUCAAAAGUCUGCUUGAUCUCAACAACUUUCAGAACUUGAUGGAUCAGGCCAAACGGAUGCCGAAAGAAAAUGCAACUUUCAACGGCCAGUUACCUAGCAACGCACUCACCAACUGA